AUGAGCGGCAGGACUGGCAUAAACGUUGGCCUGAUGGGACUGGGCGUAGUGGGCGGAGGCGUCGCUUCAGCUUUGCUGCAAGACCCCUCGACGGUUACCGCCCGCGUCGGUAUCCCCGUCAAUCUGCGGCGAGUGCUGGUCCGCGAUCGCAGCCGUCCCCGUGAUAUCGAACUGCCGCCGGGGAUGCUGACUGCCAACGCGGAAGAUAUACUCGACGAUCCGGAUAUCGACAUCCUGAUUGAGGUUAUGGGGGGCUCCGACCCAGCCGCAGCCUAUUUCAGGCGCGCGCUUUCUUCGGGAAAACACGUCGUUUCUGCCAACAAGGAAGUGAUGGCCAAGGAAGGCGCAGACUUGAUGGCCUUGGCCCGGGCCAACCACGUCAGCCUUCUCUUUGAAGCGAGCGUCGGAGGCGGUAUUCCCAUCGUUGGCUGCCUGAUGAACGAACUGGCCGCCAACGAUGUCUACUCCAUUCGGACUAUCAUUAACGGCACUACAAAUUUCAUUCUCACCAGAAUGGCCCAUCAGCGUACUGCAUUCGCCGAUGCUCUGUCCGAAGCCCAGGGGCUGGGCUACGCCGAAGCCGAUCCAACCAACGAUGUGGAAGGGAUCGACGCGGCCUACAAGCUGACGGUUCUGGCGACCUUGGCCUAUGGCUGCCGUUUCAGCCCCGAUGACGUCUUCCGCCAGGGAAUAUCGGCCCUUGAGCCGCAGGACUUCCGUUAUGCGGAAGAAUUCGGCUAUGCCAUCAAGUCCCUUGCGAUAGCCGACCAGAACGGUGAGCAAGUGCAGCUGCGGGUCUAUCCGGCCUUGGUCCCGUUCGACAACAUGCUCGCUAACGUCAAUGGCGUGUACAAUGCAGUUGAGGUCCAUGGAAGCCUCUGCGGACAGGUGCUGUUCCACGGAAUGGGGGCCGGCCGCGGGCCGACGACCAGCGCGGUUCUGGGAGACCUGGUGGAAACCGCGCGACUUGUCAGGGAUAGUGCUGUCCCCGGAGGCCCGAGGGAACUCUCCCAGCAUCUAGGCGUGCGCCCAAUCGAUGCACUCCGAACGCGAUAUUACAUCAGGCUGAUAGUCGCUGACCAGGCUGGUGUCCUUGCCCAGAUUGCCCGGGCGCUGGGCGACGAAGAUAUCAGCAUCGCAUCCGUGCUGCAGAAGGAUGCUGAUGCGGAAACCCAGAGCGCGGAAAUCGUGAUCAUGACCCACCCGGCGCUGGAAUCCUCGGUACAGCAGGCGCUGCUGACGAUCGGGAGACUUGACCCUGUGCGACGGGUGGGCAAUAUGCUCCGGAUUGAGGAGUAG